AUGCACCACGGAAGCGGAGCACAUUACCACGUCCCCCUUGCGCUGACGAUUGUCAGCGGCGUCUUCUUGCUGCUGGGGGCCUUGUGCGGCUUGGCUGUCUUGGGAGAUAUCGUCUGGCGGCGAGGAUGGAGGAGCAUGAUGGGGAUUAUGAUCUUAGUCUAUCCCAUCAACGCCCUCUAUGCCUUUCCGACUGUUCUUCUCUACUGGAAGUUUGGACGGCCGACGGCACCCCUGCAACAGGCUGACGACCGAGAGGGAGGUGAUAACAAAUGCAGUCGACAUGACUCACGCAACGACAGUGGAGUCGUAGAUCCACAAACCAUCUCGUCUACCACCCCUGCAACACCUGCAGCCCUGCCAAAGUCCGUAUCCGAAAACCGGGGUGUUGGAGCGUAUGGUGAUGCGCCGCACUGUCACCACCAUGCCGCUGCUGCUUCACGCCCCAUGUGGGUGACUGUCUUCGUGGGCGUAGCACACUGCGGAGCGGGUUGCGUCUUGGGCGAUGUGGUCGGUGAAUGGCUCGUACAUGGCACGAACGCCACGAUCAAUGGCCAGAUGAUAUGGCCUUGCUUGCUCGUGGACUACGCCUUCGCCCUGCUGUUCGGCGUUGCGUUCCAGUACUUCUCCAUCGCUCCCAUGAGCGGAGAGUACGGCGUGAAGACGGUCUGGCGCGCGGCCAAGGCGGAUAUCCUGUCGUUGACGAGUUUCGAGGUGGGUGCUUUUGCGUGGAUGAUCAUCUACCAGGUUGGAAUUUUCGAGUACAAACUUGAGAUGACCACUUGGACGUAUUGGUGGCUCAUGCAAAUGGGCAUGAAUCUCGGAUAUGCCACAGCCGUGCCUAUGAACUGGUGGCUGCUCACAAAGGGAAUCAAGGAGCCUUGCUGCUGA